AUGAUGCAUCAUGGCUUGACGCUAAGCCAUGUAAAUGCAUGGCGUUGUGAACAUAGGUCCGCGUGCAAUCCUGCCAUGGCCUUCAGUAAUGGAGUCAAACGGAGUCAAUAUAUGAAGAAAUCUAUGAACCGGCUAAUGGCGCAGUGCAAAAAAAAAAAGGGCAAGCUGUUGCACUUGUGA